ACUAUUUGCCACAUCUGCCACACGCCACCCGAAUCGGCAAGCAAAGGAAUUAGAAGCUGAUACCAAACUCGAGUUAGUUGUCCUGUUACUUGCUUAGCUUGCGUGUUUUCAAUGUAAAAUUAUGGAAAUAAAGUGACAUCUGAUCGUUUAGUUUCUUUGGAACCUGAACGGAUGUGGCGACUGUCCAGAACAUCCAAGUGGUGUUUGAUCAUAGAAAAGUUGGGGACCACUUGUCCACAAUGCCGUUGGAAAGUACGGAUGAUAACAACCAUAACCCCGAAGAAUCAGAAUCACGCGGCGACUCAAAGAAGUGUUGCGACUGUUGUCUUUGUUCCUGCGCAGCGUGUGGGGUUUUAACGGAGUGCUUGGCGUGUAUGGCAGACCUCUGUGAAUUGAUUGCCAGCUGUUGUCAGUAAAAUUGUUACGUUAAAAAAUGUCGAUGCAUUCCAUGCUGACUUUUUGGGGAGUUUUGGUGAUUGCGAACAUCCCGUUUGUUCUUCUUCAAUCAGCAAGAGACUGCGUCAUCAGCGUGCCCCUGAAGAGCCUGAGCCAUGAGCCGUUCCUCAUGCUCCCUUCAGUGUAUUCCUCCGCGAGCUCUUCCAUGAUGGUCACCAGCUCCACCCCCGAGUGGUUGUACCCUCAGACGCGACGUGGUGGAGAUUCAAAUCUUAUGAUUGUCAUGAAGAACCGAGAGAGUUUGAUCGCAAAUUGUAUUGGACUCAAAAACGAACUGGUCCUAACGGAAGCCUCGAGCGGAACUCUCAAAUGUGAUAACGGACAACUGGAGUUGGACGACUGGGAGGUGAGUUGGGAGGAUUGCUCAUGUGGUCGUCGUAGCAAGUCCCACAUACGCAGAGGCAGCACUUCUUGCGGCGGAACAGAGUUUCCUCAGGCUAAGAUUCAUACCAUUGGCUGGACGUUGGCCAACGACGUGUUUGUGCCACAGAUUUCCGUCUGCUUCGACCCUGUACGGGAAACCACUUUAUACACCGUGCACCGCAUUAUGGGAGAUUCGUUGUCAUCUAAGGUGACAGACAGCAAACGCCCCGACUUCGCAAGCAGCAGCGUGUUCAAGAGCCCAGUCAGCGAACUGUACACGCGGUCGGCACAGCAACAGUCCAUAGAGAACCGUUUCGGAAUUCCGGUGUCGUCGGCGAGAGGCUCGCAAUUUUUGGCCCGUGGCCACCUGGCUCCGGACGCGGACUUCAGCUUGCUUGCUGAACAGGAUGCCACAUACUACUUCAGUAACGUGCUACCUCAGUGGCAGGCUGUCAACAACGGGAACUGGAAGCAACUCGAGGAAGCUGUGCGGUCGCUGGCCUCCUCCAAGAAGGGUCGUCGUCUCGUGGUCUACACAGGAGCUCUUCCCCAGCCUCUCAUGCUGAAGGACAAGAAGGGCGUCCUCAGAGAGGUCCUGCUCGACACGAAUAAUCAGAAAAUUCCUGUCCCUGCUGUACUCUGGAAGGCGGUGUACGAUCCUCGUAUGAAGAAAGCUACAGUUGUGCUGCAACUCAACAGCGUCAGACGCGAUGAAUAUCAAAACUUGCUCAUUUCUGAGCUGUCUGCAGCCGCUGAGAACCAUUGCUCUGAGCUGCCUUGGGUGGACUGGAACAUCACCGACUACAGCGAAGGCUACACCUUCUGCUGGAGGGCUGAAGACUUCGUGAAGUUGUUGUCGUACGCUCCUGAGGGUGUCGACACGUUCGACCUGCUCACAGCCUAAUUGAAUCGGCCACUGCACGCCCGUCCGUAUUUACCUGGACUUUGAAGUCAGACAAGUCAGUGGAGCUCCGGUUUUAUUUCUCUUGAUUCAGUGCAACAAUUUGCACAAAUUGUUUACAAAACUGAAUUCUAAACGAGUCUGCAUGCGUCAAUAUAGAAUCGUUACCAGUUACUCAAUUUUUACAUAAUUUUUCGUAAAUUAUAUCUCAUAGAACUGAAUUAUCUGAAAAUUUCAGAAACUCAGCGUUGCUAAAUUUGCAUAACACGAGGAUGAUCUAUUUCUCGCGUUUAAAUAGUUUUGACAUCUUUGAGCUUGAAGCUUUAAGCAAUUGCUUCCAGCGUGCCAUAUGUUUAAACGCUACUUCUGAGCGACGUUAUUGUCAUAUUUAAUCGACUACACUACAUAAUAGCAUUAAUUGUGGACCAUGUCAGAUGGAGCUUCACAUUUCAGGUACAGUUCUCUGAAACGUUGCUCAAUCUUUAACCUCCUCAUCGAGUUUUUAUUGUUCAACAAAAGUUUAUCAAUGUAAAAUUUAUGGAAGCUAUUCCUGUAAUAAUUAUUUUUUUAAAUAAUACGACAAUAGAAAUUUCUUUCACCCAACUAUCAAGUUAAUAAAAAAUUAUGGAAACACGAUGCGUCACAGGAUAUUACAUUAAUUAAUGUUCAUCCAUGCUUUAUACUAAAUACUUCUAGGGUUCGAAUUUAAGGCUCAUCUAAUUAAUACUUAUUUUAACAGAAAAAUGUGUUGACCAACAUUAUUAAAUUAUAUUUUAACUCGAUUGUUCUUGCAUCCAAUAUUGUAACCUCAAUUAUAGUAUAAAUAAUGAGUUUGUAUAGUUUAAAUUAUUAUUCGUAUUAUAAUAUAUCAUUCUGCAGUGAAUUCAUUUACGACAACUAUAAUCUCGUGGAUGGUUGAAUAAAAAUUGCUCUAUACAAACUCAGUUUAUUUCGGUGGCCCACAUCAGAUAAAUUCAAAAUUACC